AUGAAGGGUGGUCUGGUCUGGCUUGGGUCGCCGGGGUCAGGGCCCGAUACCGGGACGAGGCAGACAAUCCCAGGAGGCGUAUGGCGCCGUCAAAAAGCCCGAUCGAAUGGCAUCACGACCAUGGAGGCAGUGAUUCGGAACGCGCUGGCGGUAGUGGGGCGUGGAGGCAACUGGCAGGACUGCUGUCCCGGGAGUCCGACGCCGGGAGAGCCGCUGCGUUUCGACCACGAGCGACGUCGAUGUGGUCACUCUGACGCCGACGCCUACGACCGUGGUCAUCUCAUCCCGAGCACGGCCAGCGGGACGGGCCGGUCCGGUUUCAGCGCCGUCGCCGGCGGCAACGACGACAGCUUCUCGGCCGGUCUUACAACGCAGAGAAGUGACCCAAGUGGCGCCCAAGCCUCCUCGCCUUUGCUAGCCGCAUCGCUCGAAUCCACCGUCCAACGGCCGGAAAACGUCGGGAACAGAUACACAGAGCAUCUGGCUCUGCAUCAGAGACUGGUACAAGAAAGCCCCCGCGCAUCGCCGUCGACACCACAUCCCAUGUUGGGCGUCGCCCGGGCCGUCGGCCGCCCCGAGGACGGGUGCGAGUUCGCCGCGACCUCCGUAGACAUGACGCACAUCCGGCCGGCCGCCCCACCUCAAAAACAAGCGUUUCGCCUUCAGCAUGUUCCAGGCCGCGGGUCGGCGAGGAAAAGUACGUCAACAACAACCGCCGCGCUAGCAUCGGCGCCCGCGUCGUCCUGGGCCACAGGCACCACCGUCAAGCGCAGGUACAACGUGCCGCUGCUGGCCACCGUGCCCCUUGCGCGGGUAGGCUAG